UGCGGGUUAGGGUUGCCAUGGUAACGUGUCUUAAGGAGGAUCUGAUCAAUCACAGCGUCAACAUGCUAACAAGCUAACAUGCUAGCCGGGAGGAUUUACCGGAUAUAUAUAUUUAUAAAUAUAGAUUUAUGUACCGGAGAACUGAACACCGGAAACAGGAGAAACGAUUCUGCUGUGAACGAAGUAGAGCCGCAGGGCCGCCGGCACACUGAGGAGAAACUUUGACCAACUUCUAAACAGCUAGCUGCUAGCUCCGCUGCUAACGGCUAACAGCUAGCUGCCUGCUAGCAGCAGAUCAGCAGAUCAGCAUGGACUCAGUGAAACACUCCCCGAUCCUCAGCGCUCUGUUCGGCCUCAGCGAGGAGACAGAGCCGCUGAGAGCCGCUCCUAUCAUCACAGAGCGUCUGUACUUCGCCACGCUGCGCAGUAAACCCAAGAGUACGGCCAACACUCACUACUUCUGCACCGACGACGAGUUCCUCUACGAAAAUUUCUAUGCAGACUUCGGUCCUCUCAACGUCUCCAUGUUGUAUCGUUACUGCUGCAAACUCAACAAGAAGCUGAAGUCGUUCACUCUGACCAGGAAGAGGAUCGUCCACUACACCAGCUUCGACCAGAGGAAGAGGUCCAACGCCGCCGUGCUGAUCGGAGGCUACGCCGUGAUCUACUUGAAGAAAACUCCAGAAGAAGCUUACAGAGCUCUGAUCUCUGGUUCCAAUGCCUCCUACCUGCCCUUCAGGGACGCUUCCUUUGGGAAUUGCACCUUCAACCUCACGGUGCUCGACUGUCUGCAGGGCAUCAAGAAGGCUCUGCAGCACGGCUUCUUCGACUUUGAGACCUUCGACGUGGACGAGUACGAACACUAUGAGCGGGUGGAGAACGGAGAUCUGAACUGGAUCGUCCCGGGGAAGUUUCUGGCCUUCAGCGGUCCUCAUCCUAAAACUAAGAUAGAGAACGGUUACCCUCUCCACGCCCCCGAGGCGUACUUCCCGUACUUCAGGAAACACAACGUGACCACUGUCAUCCGUCUGAACAAGAAGAUCUACGACUCCAAACGCUUCACGGACGCUGGCUUCGACCACUACGACCUCUUCUUCUUGGACGGCAGCACGCCCAGUGACAUCAUCACACGCCGCUUCCUGCACAUCUGUGAGAGAACGGACGGCGCUGUGGCCGUCCAUUGCAAGGCUGGUCUGGGGAGGACGGGCUCUCUGAUUGGCUGUUACCUGAUGAAACACUACCGGUUCACAGCAGGUGAGGCCAUCUCCUGGAUCAGGAUGUGCAGACCAGGCUCCGUGAUCGGACCUCAGCAGAACUUCCUGGAGGAGAAGCAGGCAGCGCUGUGGUUGCUAGGCGACAGCCAGCGUUCCCAGACGGUCCAGCUGGAGGAGAGGGGGGGGGUGUCUCACCUCAUCACCAGUAUGGACGACCUCACCUUGACCAGCUCCCCCCACAGCAGCAGUCUGCACGAGAGUGAGACGGUGGACGGAGGACUGAGUCUGACUCAGGGAGACAAACUGAGAGCCUUAAAGAGCCGGCGUCCCCCCCGACCCGCCACCACCGGAGCUCUCAGACUGGAGGAGAUGAAGAUCCACAGCAGGUCGGCCUCUCAGCCAAUCAGGUGGUCAAUGGGUGGCGGUCAGGGCCCCUCCUCCCCCCUCAAGUCCUCCAAAUUCCCAGCAUCCUCUUCUUCUGCUGCCGCCAAGAGGAUCGGAAGGAGUCCUUCGUCAACGGCGUCCAACAUCAGGAGCUCGCGGUUGGCCAGCUCUCUCGGUGAUCUUUACGGUGCCGACGUGGACGAGGACAGAACCGCUCCGUACUCCCCUCUUCUUCCUCCUCCUUCCUCCUCCUCCUCCUCCUCCUCUGUGUCUAUCAGCUCAACCUCCUCCCCUCUGGCCCCGCCCUCUCUGUGUCGCUAUGGUAACGGUCCUCGCAGCGCGCAGCACGAGGUCAACAACAACGGCGGUCUGUACGGGGGCUCUGCGGUGCCCAGCGGCAGGCCGGGGCCUCAGGACUUCAGCCCCUAUAGGGGCCCGGGGCCCUACGGCCCUCUGAAGGGCCCGGCAGGACGCUACCUGAGCCGCUCCAUACCUUCUCUUCAGUCCGACUACAUCCAGUACUAGAACUACAGAUCUCACCUGAGGACACAUUACCCACAAUCCCCUCUGUGGAGCAGCAGGAGCUGCCUGUUAAUACGAUGUAAUCUACAGAAGAAGAUUUAUUUAGAUAAAGAAGACUCAUUUUAUAAGAAGA